AUGGUGCCAGCACAAAGAGAUUCAAAGAAUCGACCAAGGGGUUCAAUUGAAAUUAAACCAACCGAAUCAGUUAAUCAAGAAGUUUAUAGGAGUAUGCUCAUACAACAAUUGAUUCCAGCUAUACUAAGAAAAUGGCCAAGUGAUGGACCUUUUAUUAUAUUUAUUCAACAAGAUAAUGCAAGGGUUCAUAUCACAAACGAGGAUCCAAUAUGGCAACAACACAAUAGGCAAGGGGGUUUUACUUUCAUUCUUACUCAACAACCUCCAAAUACUCCGGAUUGUAAUAUUCUAGACUUGGGUUUCUUUAGGAGCAUACAAUCACUUAUGCAUAAAAAGAUGCCCAAAAACAUUACAGAAUUAAUCACAGCAGUUAAGGAUGCAUUCGGAGAGUUACAUCCAAAGACCUUAACUAAUGUGUGGAUCUCAUUACAACACCAUUUAAAUGAGAUUUUAAAAGUUAAGGGGUCUAAUGACUACAUACAACCCCACUUUGGAAAGAAGGUUGAAGAAGACAAUGGCAGGUUAAGGAUUCAAGUGAGAAUCCCAACACAAUUUGUUAGAGAAGCUGUAGCUUUUCUUAACCCGAACAGGGAACAACAAUAA